AUGUGGGUGUGCUGCGAGGAAGCAGGGGUCGGGCGUGCUGCGAGGAAGCAGGGGUCGGGUGUGCUGCGAGGAAGCAGGGGUCGGGUGUGCUGCGAGGAAGCAGGGGUCGGGUGUGCUGCGAGGAAGCAGGGGUCGGGCGUGCCGAGGAAGCAGGGGUCGGGCGUGCUGCGAGAAGCAGGGUCGGGCGUGCAGAGGAAGCAGGGGUCGGUGCUGCGAGGAAGCAGGGUCGGGCGUGCUGCGAGAAGCAGGGGUCGGGCGUGCUGCGGAGGAAGCAGGGUCGGGCGUGCUGCGAGGAACAGGGGGUCGGGCGUGCUGCGGAGGAAGCAGGGGUCGGGCAAGGCGAGGAAGCAGGGGCGUUGCGAGGAAGCAGGGUCGGGCGUGCUGCGAGGAACAGGGUCGGGCGCUGCGAGGAAGCAGGGGUCGGGCGUGCUGGUGAGGAAGCAGGGGUCGGGCGUGCUGCGAGGAACAGGGGUCGGGCGGGUGAGGAAGAGUCGGGCGUUGCGAGGAAGCAGGGUCGGGCGUGCUGCGAGGAAGCAGGGGUCGGGCGUGCUGCGAGGAAGCAGGGUCGGGCGUGCGGUGAGGAAGCAGGUCGGGCGUGCUGCGAGGAAGCAGGGGUCGGGCGUGCUGCGAGGAAGCAGGGGUCGGGCGUGCUGCGAGGAAGCAGGGGUCGGGCGUGCUGCGAGGAAGCAGGGGUCGGGCGUGCUGCGAGGAAGCAGGGGUCGGGCGCUGCGAGGAAGCAGGGUCGGGCGUGCUGCGAGGAAGCAGGGGUCGGCGCUGCGAGGAAGCAGGGUCGGGCGUGCUGCGAAGAAGCAGGGGUCGGGCGUGCUGCGAGAAGCAGAGGGUCGGGCGUGCUGCGAGGAAGCAGGGGUCGGCGUGCUGCGAGAAGAGGGGUCGGGCGUGCUGCGAGGAAGCAGGGGUCGGCGUGCUGCGAGGAAGCAGGGGUCGGGCGUGCUGCGGAGCCAGGGUCGGGCUGCUGCGAGGAAGCAGGGUCGGGCGCUGCGAGGAAGCAGGGGUCGGGCGUGCUGGAGGAAGAGGUCGGCAGGGAGAAGCAGGGGUCGGGCGUGCUGCGAGGAAGCAGGGUCGGGCGUGCUGCGAGGAAGCAGGGGUCGGGCGUGCUGCGAGGGCAGGGCGUGCUGCGAGGAAGCAGGGUCGGGCGUGCUGCGAGAAGCAGGGGCGGCGUGA